GUGGCAGCCAGGGGGAUGGUGAUGUCCCGACGUCUUUACGGCCCUAUCUGGAAGUCGACCUUCGGGCAUUAUAGGAACAUCAACAUUGGGAGCCCAGUGGUGCUGGAGCAGCUGCUACGGCAGGAGGGCAAGUAUCCCAUGCGGAGUGACAUGGCCCUGUGGAAGGAGCACCGGGACACCCGGAGCCUGCCCUACGGACCCUUCACUGAGGAAGGGGAGCGCUGGUACCGCCUGCGCCAGGUCCUCAACAAGCGGCUGCUGAAGCCCUCGGAGGCAGUGCUGUACGCGGAUGCCAUCGGGGAGGUGGUGUCAGACCUGAUGGUGCGGCUGCGGGAGGAGCGGAGCCGCAGCCCCUCAGGGGUGCUGGUGGGGGACGUGGCUAACCUGCUCUACCGCUUUGCCCUCGAAGGGAUUUCCUAUAUCCUCUUCGAGACCCGCAUUGGGUGCCUGAAGCAGCAGGUCCCUGCCGAGACCCAGCGCUUCAUUGACUCCAUCAACCUCAUGUUCAAGAACUCCAUCUUCGCCACCGUCCUGCCCCGAUGGAGCCGCAAGGUGCUGCCUUUCUGGGACCGCUACUUGAACAGCUGGGACACCAUCUUCGCCUUCGGCAAGACCCUGAUUGACCGAAAGAUGAAGGAGCUGGAGGGGCAGGUAGAGCGCGGCAAGGAGGUGUCCGGCUACCUGAGCUACCUGCUGGCCAGUGGCAGACUCAGCCUGGAUGAGGUCUAUGGCAGCGUGGCUGAGCUGCUGCUGGCUGGUGUGGACACGACCUCCAACACGCUGUCCUGGGCCUUGUACCACCUCUCCCGGGACCCAGGCAUCCAGGAGACCCUGUACCAGGAGCUGAAAGCUGUUGUGCCUGCCAGCCGGUUUCCUGCUGCUGAGGAUAUCCCCAAGUUGCCAAUGCUUCGGGCCAUUAUCAAGGAGACACUGAGGGUCUACCCCGUGGUGCCCACCAACGCCAGGGUCUUCUAUGAGAAGGACAUUGUCAUCGGAGACUACCUCUUCCCCAAGAAUACUCUCUUUGUCCUGGCACACUACGCGAUGUCCCACGAUGAGACCUACUUCCCUGAGCCUGAGCGGUUCCUGCCCCAGCGCUGGCUCCGGGGAUAUGGCUCCCCCCACCACCCCUUCAGCUCCAUCCCCUUUGGCUACGGGGUUCGCGCCUGCGUCGGACGCCGCAUUGCCGAGCUGGAGAUGCACCUGGCCCUUGCCAGGAUCAUCCAGGCAUUCGAGGUGCGGCCAGACCCCCGUGGUGUGGAGGUGACAUCUGUGUCCCGCAUUGUCCUCGUGGCCGACAAGCCCAUCAACCUGGAGUUUAUUGCUCGUCCAGAAGCCCCCUGACUGCGUGUCCACCCCUGACCCUGGGUGCCAAAUGGAGAACCCCCACUGCCCCACAGGGAGGGGCAGGCAGAAAGGCAAAACCAUCCUCUGCCCAGCUUGGGUUGGGGGCUCCUAGCCCCACUGUGGGGAAGAGGGGGAGGAUAAGAGAUUGCCCCCAAAUUGCCCCUGGGGCACUAGUAGCCCCCUAUCCCAAAUCAGCAGGAGGCUUGGGGAACUGCCGUGCCUUUCACACCCUUCAGGGGGUUGUGUCCCCCCCAUCCUGUGCCCAGCUGGGCUACGUUGGGGACCUGGGAACUCUGUGAGGGCAGGGGGAAGCAGGGAGGGGUUUUGCAGCCGUUCAGUGUCUCCUUCAUCCUGUCCUUGUGUAGCCGUGCGUGGAUCUGUGCCUGGAGCCAGGACAUCUGGGUCUUUUCUGAACAGCUGACCUUGGCCUCAGAAGCUUCUCUGUUCCUCAGUUUGACCCAUGCCUCCCAGGGGAGGGUUGAGUGUUGGCCAGGUUUGGGGUUUGCACCUCUCCCAAGGGGCGGAGCUGGGAAAGUGAAGCAAUAACACAGCUCAUCCCCAGCGAUGGGAAGAGGCCUGUCACCACCCAGCACUGGUGUCAUGUCCCCUGGCAGAGCCAGCCAACACAGGAGGGGUGUUUAGCACCCAGGACCUUCCACUAUCAGCUGCUGUUCACUGAGAUGCUGAUAUGGGGUCACAGGAAUGGCAGAGCUUGCUCCAGACAAAGCAGGCAGAGAAAGAUCAGCUCAGCACCCCCCAUCCCCAAGUGGGGACAUGGGACUGAUAUCCAGGGCAAUCACAGGGGCUCAGACCUGGUAGCAGCCACAGGCAAGGGGUGCAUUGCCUCUUACCCAGGGUCCUGGGGCAUGGGACACCCUAAUAGUGAACCACUCUCACCUUCCUACUUCUUGGACUGAGGGAAGCAGCAGGCAGAAACCUUGCUGGCACCAAGGCUGCUGUGCUCCCUGAAGGGCCCUCACACUACCACUGUAAUCAAGGCUGCAUGUUCUGUUUCCAUGUCACCUUGGCUCUACCCCCCUGUGCCCAUGCCACCCUUGCUGUCAUUCCAGGCUGGGUUCCCCAGCCCUGCCAAGCAGCCAGUACCCCCUUCCGAGUCCUGCUCUCUCCAGAGGAGCUAUACCCAGCUUUAUCCUAGAAAGGCAAGAGGCAGUUUUUGGAUCAGACUCUUUGUUACGACGAGGCUGAACAGACCAAUAAAUAAAUAAAUAUCCCUUGCCCACCCCAAAA